AUGGCAGCCCCAGCAUCCUCCGUCGUGGUGCAGCAGCCCAGGGAGCCUCCGACGUUCCGCGGUUCAACGUUCGAGGACGCAGAAAGCUGGCUUGAGACAUACGAGAGGGUCGCUGCUUUUAACAACUGGAACAGCGAAGACAAAGUGCAACAUGUCUUCUUUGGUGUUAAGGAGGAACUUUUCGCCGAAACCCCUACAUUAGACACCCGACUGGCCCACCUCUGGGAGGCCUAUCACAGCCUCCUAGAACGGUGGAAGAGGAAUAAGCUAAACAGGACACUUAAAAAGCGGCUGGCCGCGCUGCAAACCCAAAUCCAACAACAUUCUGAGGAGCUCUGCCGGUCCAACUGGGGCCAGAUAUGCGACGGCAUUGCUGGGAACCUGUCCACCAAGCGGGCCUGGCAACUCCUCCGCCACCUUAUAGAUCCGAUGCAGACAAAAACAGCAACACAACACCAUGUAACAAGACUCGUCCACGCACACAUGGACAACCCUGACAGCCUUAUAGAUACACUUCAAAAAACCUACACCUCCCCAGGCACACCGACUCGCUUACCUCCCUACACAGGGCAGCCCAGCCCCACACUCGACACGGACAUAACGGAGACGGAAGUCAGAGCGGCCCUCCUGACUCUCCGUACCAGCUCCGCACUUGGCGCCGACCAGGAUGCCAUGCUACAACUUACGCACGACAUUUUCGACCCCCUUAUCCCGGGUCACACAAAGGCAGUCUUGGCUUUGGACCUCUCCAAAGCCUUUGAUCGCGUAGAACACCAUGCGAUCAUGACUGCCCUCUCGCCACUGAAUGUGGGUGCACGUACUUACACCUACAUUCAGGCAUUCCUGACCGACCGCACGGCUCAGAUACACUUUGGCGGACUCACCUCCCUCUCGUUUACUUUACGGAGUGUUGGCACCCCGCAAGGGUCCGUUCUGUCCCCCUUUCUAUUUAAUAUCACCCUAAUCCCCCUGGCCCGACAAUUGGCAACCAUACCCCAUCUCAAACACACCCUCUAUGCCGACGACAUCACGCUGUGGACUACCCACGGCAGUGACGGCGGCAUAGAGGACACUCUCCAAUCUGCAGCCACCCUGACCCAAAAUUAUGCUGCCAGUAUCGGUCUUUCUUGCUCCCCAGAAAAAUCCGAACUGCUACUAAUCAGACCUCGUAAUCGCUGCUCCCCAUGCUCCCCCAUCACGAUCGAGCUGGACGGACGCCCAGUGCCGGAGGUUGAAACCCUCCGAGUACUGGGACUCCAUAUCCAGAGUGAUGGUAAAAACACCACCACCCUGAAGAAACUCAAGCAGAUUGCAGGUGCGAUUUCGCACCUCAUUCGCCGGGUUUCAGCCCACCACAGAGGCAUGAAGGAGCGCGACCUAUGUCGCCUCAUCCAUGCCUUCGUCCUCAGCCGUGUGCUUUACACAACCCCAUAUUUACACUUAUCCCGACACGAUACUAAUGCCCUAGAUGCAUUAAUACGCAAGGCGUACAAAGUAGCAUUAAAACUACCAAUUAAUACACCCACAGACCGACUACUCGGCCUGGGCCUCCACAACACUAUCGGGGAACUUGUAGAAACCCACCGACAGGCGCAAUACAUUCGCCUGACACGAACAUCCACUGGGCGGCACAUCCUGGACUCCCUCGGGAUCCGGAUACCGGCCAACGACCCUACACAACUCGCCACCCCACGCCACAUCCACCGGGAGCUGCUUAUUAAGCCGCUCCCGAGGAACAUGCAUCCACAACACCACGAGGUGCGCCGCCGAGCUCGAGCUAAGGCGCUCCAUCGCUAUUACGGCCCCGAACCGGACGCCGUAUGGGUGGACGCCGCAUGCAUGGUAGAGCAAGCGGUUGCCGCCGUGGUGGACUCCUCCCUCUCCCCUCUCAUCACACUACCCCUCCCCCCACACACUUCCCCAGAAGCUGCAGAGGAAGCUGCGAUCGCCAUUGCCAUCACCCAUACGGAAGCCCGGUACAUAAGAACAGACUCAAAAACAGCUAUACUAAAUUUUGCACGAGGCCGAGUCCAUGUUCCUGCUUUUUGCAUACUGGACUCGCCCGUUGCACCUCCACCCCGCCAUGUGGAGCUGAUAUGGGUGCCUGCGCACUCCGGGAAUCCCGGAAACGAGGCUGCCAACCUUUUAGCCCGAGGUUCUAUUAAGCGGGCUCAGGUGGCCUCCGAUCCGGGAUUCACGAAGGAGCGCAUGCACUCUUUCAGCGAUCUGACGCAGGCUUAUAGGGCCGCACGUCAGAUCUACCCCCCACCUCACCCAUCCCUAGACAACAGGCAUGCGACACUGUGGAGGCGAGUCCAGACCCAUACACUCCCCUGCCCUGUCACCCUAUCCCAUUACCAUCCCUCUUUCCCCACGCCCGCCUGCGCCCUCUGUCCCGAACCGUUCGCAUCCGCCAUCCACAUCCUCUCGCUUUGUCCGGCGGACCCCCCUUACAAAAAUUUUUAA